UUCUUCACUACGGAGUUGAGCCGGGCACGCGCAGGCAGAGGGGGAGCUCGCUCGUCGUCCAGUUGGCAAACUGACGAAGAAGUUGUCUUCGGAAACUUGAAGGGUCAAAACAGAACCACCAUGACUUCGACUAACAUGUUUCAAGGGUUGGAUACUGGUUCGAAACCGAGUUCAAGGGUGUUGCAGCCUCCUGGAGGUGGCUCCAGUAAUCUGUUUGGUGGCUAUGAAGAGGACUCUGCAGCAUCAAAAAGACCUAAUAAGAUGGCCUCCAAAGUUUUUGCUCCACCAGAGGAACCCCAGAGUGUACUGAGACGCUCCAAUCCUCCAGGUGGAAAGAGUAGUGGAAUAUUUGGUGAACCUGAGCCUGCUGCUCAACCACAGAGACCCAUACCACCAGGUGGACCAACCAGCAACAUAUUUGGGCCUGCAGGCACUGCACCUGCCCAAAGUCCAAGCCGAAGCCACCCAAAUAAGCCAAAGGACAACCUAAGUGUGGGACCUGAACCUGAAUCACCAGUUCCUCAAGCUCCUGAAGCCAAAGCCAGCCAGCCUGAGGCGAAAGAAGAAACUGCACCCCCAGCCGAUCCACCAGCCAAGGAAGAGCCACCCGCUGCCGCUGCUGCUGUCUCGGCACCCUCGGAGCCUGAACCCACACCUUCCUCAUUUCCCGAUGACACUUCGCUGAAGAACCACGAGCCUCACCUGGGACCCAAGCCUCGCUCCCACAACAGGGUCCUCAACCCUCCUGGAGGAAAAUCUAGUGUGGUGUUCUACUGAUCAGCUGAGCGUGCCACCUCUCCCAGUUUGUGUCCAUAAACCUCUUUGUGUGCUCCCCUGUUAAUCUUCUCUCAUUCCUACACUGCUCUUUUGAUGGUCAUGUGAUCUGUACACCUAAAUGCAGCCCAGUUAUUGUUGUUGUUCACACCUGACGCCUGGGCUCAUAAGUUGUCCUCAACAUCUUGCACUUUCAUCCCCCGUUUCUGACUUCCUGCCAUCUGUCUUCUCCUUGAUAUUCUUCUAUAAUGAAACCUGCAAUCAUUACAAUCACCAAUGAGUCAGCUGAAUGGCUAGCUGUCACAUUAUCACUUUAACUGUAACACAGUUCGGUCUCAACUUUGCAGUUACUGUUUUCAUCGUUUGUGUUACAAGCAUUUGUAAGUGUAAUUUGUUUGGAGGCACAAUCAUCUAAUUUUUGUGUGUGUGAAAACAUUUCUGCAUCUCAAGAACGGUUUAGAGUUUGGCAUACUUGCACAAUUUUCAGAUUUAAGCUGACUUGCAAUUUGGUUUGGCUAAAAACUUCACAGGGUGAACACAGCUUCUCAUCAGUUAAAUUUAUGAAGUUCCAGAUCUUUAUUGGAUGACCACAUAAUCUCAGAAUUUAAGAAACAAUCCAUGUGACUGAGGCCUGAUAUCAGUUUGGCAUCCUUUCAUCUCUCUAGCCUUUUUGUUAAUUAUGCCUUACUAAAAACGUGUACAACAGAGAGCACAAUCUGUGAUUAGGAAUUGAAACAGCUGUUUACUCCCCAGAUGUUUCUGUGUCCUCAAAGAAAUUCCAUUUUGAUUUAUGUGAAUGUAUUGUGCAGGUACUUUCUCUGCUUUGCCCUCAUUGCUUGCUUUAUCUGAGGACAUAAUCUGCCUUCUUUUAGCUUGGGGUAGGCCUCAGUUUAUGUUUUAAAUUAAAACGGCUUGAAGACAAAGUGAACUCUGGACAAGCGUGCGGCCUACCUGAAGUCCAGGUGGGCUCGAUGAUAAUCACAUUUUCACACUCAUCUCGGGGCAGAUCUGUGGUGUUCUGGUGCCAGCCUGUCCCUCUGUGUCGAUGUGCCUGGCAGGCAGCGAGCGCAGCAGAAGAAAGAAAUCCUGUGUAUUGCAAUAAAAUGGUUGUUUUGCAGUAGGA